CUUGGUUCUCAUCAUCUCCACCACCACUAGGCACUAAGGCAUCACACUAAACCAGCAUUAAGGUUGUCCCUUUUGAGAAUUUAUUCCCUUCUUCCAUCUCUGCACCAAUUUUCUUGCUUUAGCAAAAAAUGGCUGUGACUACCAUUAGCAAUGAGUUCAGUUGCCCAAUCCCUCCCGCUAGGCUUUUCAAGGCUGCAAUCCUUGAUGCACACAACCUACUUCCCAAGAUCGUUCCUGACAAGAUCAAAUCCAUUGAAAUUCAAGGAGAUGGUGGGGCUGGAUCCAUCAAACAGAUCAACUUGGCUGAUGAUGGCCCUUUUGACUUCAUCAAGCAUCGGAUUGAGGAAGUUGACGAACAAAAUUUUAAGUGCAAGUUUACUCUAAUCGAAGGUGCUGUAGUAGGGGAAAAGAUUGAAAAGGUUGUUGAUACAGUUCAGUUUGUGGCCUCUGCAGAUGGGGGAUCUAUCAUUAAGGCUACAUCUGAGUUUUACACUAUUGGUGACUACACAAUGGGUGAAGAUGAAAUCCAGAUGGGCAAAGACAUGGCCGUUGGAACAUUCAAGAUGGUGGAAGGUUACCUCUUGCAGAACCCAGAUGCCUAUGCAUAAAAAGUCUCUGUAGUUACUCUAUAACAUCAAAAGAGCUAUUAUGGCUCAAUAUCAAAAUGUCAUCCACUGUGUUUGUGUCUUUUCUUUUUUUUUUUUCUUUUUUUUAUGGUUGGGGAGGGGAUGGUGGUGGGUUUUGGGGAGGUUGGGGGGAGAGGUAAGUUGUUGGUGAAGGGAUAUUAAGGAUUUGUCUGUACAAUAAAGGAGGACAUGUUAGAAAUGUUUGACUGCACAAUAAAGAUUAAAAAAUCUAUUUCAUGAUAAUUAA